GUUCAGUUUCAUAACGAAACGUCACACCCGCUGAACGCUGCUAACAAACUCAGGUCAGACCUGCAUGGUCUGUGACUGUGCACCCAUGUUGCGAUUAGUCACAACGUCGCUAUGCCGCCACUGUCAGCGGGUUCGACGUCUCCCCCCUCUCAGGGCCUUCUCAAACCCGGGAGGCCCAGCAGAGAACCAGGUGACCGUGGAAGCCCUCUAUGACCUUUCUGUGGACAUCCAGAAGAUCCGCCAGCUCAAGGGCUGGGUCCUGCAUCAGAGCCCUGCCUAUGUGAGUGAGACGGCCAGCCUGCUGCGGGACAUGGGAGCAGAGGGGCCCAUGAUUGCCCGGGUCCUGGAGCUCUACCCCGAGGCGGUCCUCUGCAGCCCGGAGCAGCAGCAGGCCCAGAGGGAGCUGUGGAGGUCCAUCUGCCCCAGAGAGAGAGACCUAGUGGGCAUCAUUGAGAAGUUUCCCGCCUCCUUCUUUACCUCCAGUCACCACGCCAACCAGAGGGCCAACAUCGACUUUUUCCAGAGUUUACACCUAAACAAGCGUAUUGUCACCAAGCUGAUGGCCAGCGCCCCCCAGAGUUUCAGCUGCCCCGUGGGGCAGAACGAGGAGAUGGUCUGCACACUGCAGCAGGCCUAUCUGGAGCUGGGGGGCGACGCAGCUAACAUGAAGAUCUGGCUGCAGAAGCUGCUUAGUCAGAACCCCUUUGUCCUCCUCAAGCCCCCGGAGGUGCUGAGGGACAACCUGCUGUUCCUCAGAGACCGGGGUUUCACCACCUCAGAGCUCCUCCGCCUCCUCUCCAAACUCAGGGGGUUUGUUGUCGAGCUCAACCCGGACAGCAUGCGCCACACCCUGGCCUACUCGCAGGUGACCCUGGGCUGCUCAGAGGCUGAGCUCCGGGACAUGGUCCUCAACUGCCCAGCCUUGCUUUACUACCCUGAGGUCAUCCUGGCUGAACGCUUCGAUGGCCUGCUCAGAGCUGGAGUCACUAUGGCUCAGAUUACACAGACUCCGACCAUUCUGGAGCUGACCACACAGAUUGUAAGUUACCGGAUCCAAAGACUGAGGUCAUAUGGCUAUGAUGUACGGACAGGCAGCCUACAGGCCCUCAACGGCACUAAGAAGGACUUUGAGAUGAGUUCUGGUAAACUGCAGCUGCGACGGGAAAGACCACUCUUCAACCCUGUUGCCCCAUUAAAGGGUGAUGAUUGACCUUGAUUUCAUGGUCUAAAAUGCAGAACAUUCUUAUAUCACCAUAGGGAGAACUUGAAUCAGGAUUUUCUUUCAGCUGAAUUGUAUUACUGAGGUUAGGAGACAAGCUUGUCUUGAAAGUAGUCUUGCACAGCAGACAAUUCCUCCCCAAGUGCAUUUAACCUGGGGAUAAGGUUACCUUGUGCAUUUAGCCUGGGGAUAAGGUUACCUUGUGCAUUUAGCCUGGGGAUGAGGUUACCUUGUGCUUUUAGCCUGGGGAUAAGGUUACCUUGUGCAUUUAGCCUGGGGAUGAGGUUACCUUGUGCUUUUAGCCUGGGGAUAAGGUUACCUUGAAAGAGGCAACGCUUCAUUUUAUCUGUGCAAUAUUUAAAUACUAUUAGGAUAACAAUAAUAUUUGGAUAUUAUGAUGCAAUGUUGAAUACGUGUUAAACAGAUGUUUUGCUGUGUGUUGGGAAUUGCCUAUGUAUUGAAGCCAAUAUGUGUCAAAAUAACCCCCUCAAAACAUCCUAAUAAAACAAUUUUAUUGAUUA